CAGAAACGGACGUCCGGGGGUCUCGUGGACACACACAUGUUCGAGCAAAAGUAGUGUGUUUACAUGUGCAAUGAUUAACAUUCGUGUAAUAACUUAUUUCGUGUAGGUAUUAGCGGUACAAGGUUUUGUCUUGUCCAACUUAUCAUACUGUUUGCCAGUGACACUGUCAAAGAUAACGAAGCAUGGCCUUUGAAGUUAAGAUUGUCGCUGGAAGUUAUGAGCAAAUUUCGUUUGGUUACCGUGUCUGCAGAGAUGGAGAGGACUGGACGUCAAAACCAGACUUUACUCACCACGCACACACAGCCUGUUUGUCAGCUGUGGCAUCCAAUCAGAGGUACAUUGCCACGGGCAGCAAGGACGAGACCAUUCAAUUGUAUGACAUGAAAAAGAAAAUCGAACAAGGAGCCUUAUUGCACCAUGAUGGGACCAUCUCUUGUCUGGAAUUCUAUGGCACGUCUCAUUUGCUAAGUGGAGGCGAGGAUGGGCUGAUGUGUGUGUGGAGGACGAAGAAGUGGGAGUGUCUGAAAACAAUCAAAGCACACAAGGGUCACUUAUCCUCAUUGUCCGUCCAUCCAUCAGGAAAGCUUGCCCUGACUGUUGGCACAGAUAAAACACUGAGAACAUGGAAUCUAACAGAUGGAAGAUCAGCAUUUAUAAAGAACCUCAAGCAGAGUGCGGACAUUGUUAAGUGGUCUCCCGAGGGAGAUAAGUAUGUGGUGGUGUCCAAUGACAAGAUUGAUGUGUAUAACCUGGAGACUGCCACAGUGACUGCAACCAUCACCAACCCAAAGAGAAUCUCAUCCGUCAAGUUUAUACAGAAUACCUGUCUGGGUGUGGCUGGUGAUGACGAGACCAUCCGGCUGUUUGAUCUGUCCUCAGAGAAGUGUGUUUGCGAGUUCAAGGCCCACGGCAACAGAGUGAAGUCUCUUGAGGGUUUCACGGUGGAUGACUUCUACGUUGUUGUCACUGCAUCAAAUGAUGGAUUCAUCAAACUCUGGAAGCUGCAAAUGGAAAAGAAUCCUGAGCCCCCCAAACUUCUGCUGGAGGUUAACACAGCGGCACGGCUGACAUGCCUGACUGUGUUCAAGGCAGCCGAAGACAGCGAACCAACAGAAGAGACCCCUCAGCCAGCCUCUUCUAGCCAACAAGUAAUUGAAGACCUGCCGCUCCCCUCCAAGAAUAAGAGAGUCAGGAUUGUUACAGAAGAAGUUGUUCUAGAAGAGUGCAGUCCCAAAAAAGUUAAAAAGGCUGUUAACAAGAAAAAGCACCAAUAAAUCUUUUACACAAAGCCAUG